AUGUCGACACCAACUCUUCCCCUGCGCCACCAAGUAAUCCGCAUCUACAAAGAGCUGCUCUACCUCGCGCGCGACUACCCACAGGGCCACGCCUGGGCGCGCACGCGUCUGCACAAAGCGUUCUCCGCGCAGGCGCAUCUGCGCGACGAAGAAGCGAUUCGCAACGGUAUCAAGCGCGCCGAGUUUGUGAAGAAGGAAAUCGAGGCAUUGUAUUAUUUGAAACGCUACAGGGCGCUGAGGCAGCGGUACGACCCGAUUCAGUAG